UUCAGCUGCCCCAGCACCCGGGCACCCACACCAGAGACCUUAAACCCAUCCCUGGCUCUGCUCCGGACACGCACGACGUCCCCGGCAGCACCAUGAGGUUGGUUUUGCUCCUCCUGGGACUCCUCAUGCUCAGGGCAGAGCCAGGCACUGCACCAGAGGAGACGGGCGGGGAGCCCCAGAAGCCAGGGAGGUGCCCGCGGGACUUCACACGCUGCCUGCGCCUGGAGCCCCCACUCUGUGCCAACGAUUCCGUCUGCCCUGGCUGGCACAAGUGCUGCCCCCGCGAGUGCCAGCUCCGCUGCACUGCCCCGGCAGAAGAGAAACCCGGCGCCUGCCCGGUGGCAGCCCCCGAGGGGCUCUUCUACCCCUGCUCCUUCCCCUGCCUGGAGGACCAGGACUGCCUGGGAAUGCAGAAGUGCUGUGCGCUGGGCUGCGGCUCCGCCUGCCUGGAGCCGGUGCAGGGAGACACCAGCCCUGCCACAGCCACCCUGCAGCCGCCCCACCAGCAGAGGUGCCGCCAGGACCAGGACUGUCCCCCAUCCGAGGUGUGCUGUCACCAGCAGUGCAGCCAGCAGUGCCACUCACACAGGCAAGGGGCUCCCACGGCCACACCAGCCUGGCAGGAGGGGACGAGGUGCUGGAGCGACAGAGCCUGUGGCAGUGGGGAGACGUGCUGUGGCGGCAGGUGCAUGGGGUCAUGCAGCACCGUGCACCAAGGGAAGCCCGGCUUCUGCCCGGCCCAUGCUGGGCUGUUCCCCAGUUACGACUGCAGAGCCUGGUGCUGGCACGACGCCGGGUGCCCCGGCGAGGAGAAGUGCUGCCUGCACGGCUGCGACUACACCUGCCUACCCCCUGCCCGAGAGAAACCGGGCAUCUGCCCCAUGGUCACAGAGGCACCAACUGGUGCAGCCCCAUGUGGCACCGCCUGCGCUGGGGACUGGCAGUGCCCAGGGGAUGAGAAGUGCUGCAGCAGCACAUGCGGGCACGUGUGCUCAGCCCCUGAACAAGACAAACCUGGUGAGUGCCCGAGGGUGAGGCCACAGCAGCCGCCAGAGCUGUGUGAGGAGGAGGAUUCCUGCGCCCAUGACAGGGACUGUCCCCGGCAGGAGAAGUGCUGCUUCUCCGGCUGUGCCAUGCGCUGUGCCCGCCCAGCCCGAGAGCACCCCGGGCAGUGCCCGCAGGCAGAGCCAUGCUGGGACCCGCGGCACAGGCGCCGGAGCCAGUGCCUGGAUGACAGCGUCUGCAGGCGAGAGGAGAAGUGCUGCAACACCGGCUGCACCUGGGAGUGUGUGGCCAUGCCCAGAGAGAGCUGGGACAGGGAUGGUGGUCGGUGCGCAGAGGAGUGCGAGGCCGACUCGCAGUGUCCCCGGGGACAGAGGUGCACCAGCACUGGCUGCGGCCGCAUCUGCACAGACAUCCCCGGAGGCAGAGUGGGAGCAUGCCCCGUCCCCAGGGAGGCAGGGACGUGCCUGGACCUCUGCAGCUUCGAUGAGGAGUGUCCCUGGGGCCACAAGUGCUGCAGCAACGGCUGUGGCCACGUCUGCACACCCGCCUCUCUGCAAGAGCACGACGCCGCAGCCAUGCCCUGGCGCGGGGCUGAGCGGUGCCCGCAGGAGUGCGAGGCUGACUCACAGUGCCCCAGGGGACAGCGCUGCACCCACAGCGGCUGCAGCCGCGUCUGCAUGGACGCCCCCAGAGAUGCUGCAUGACCCAAGAGCAGCUCCUCUGCAAGAGGAAGACACCUUCAGAAAGGGACAUGGGACCAGCUGGCUUGUCCUCUCCCUACCACCUCCAGCAAUAAAGAGUGUGUUUGGCCACCUCCA